AUGUCGAAUUUGUCGAAGCUUGAGUUUGUAGCAUUUGAUAUCUCCGGAAAAAAUUACCUAUCAUGGGUACUUGAUGCUGAAAUUCACCUAGACACCAAAGGUCUUGGUGCCACUAUUACUCAGGAUAAUACAACAUCGAGUCAGGACAAAGCCAAGACAAUGAUUUUCCUUCAUCAUCAUCUAGAUGAAGGAUUGAAGGUUGAAUACUUGAUAGUGAAAGACCCACUUGAAUUAUGGACUGUUUAUAGAAUUACUUCCCAAUUGAAGUUAUGUGGGGAUAAUAUAACUGAUGAGGAUAUGUUGGAGAAGACUCUUACGACUUCAUGCCUCCAAUUUGCCCGUCCCACUGGAACUGCUCGAAUCCCGGAAGCGAAUGUGGUAGCAGGACAUGGCCCAGUUGAAAGAAGACAAAAUAAUAGGGGCCAUAAUAAUGAGCGUGGGUGUGGCAAGGGCAAGGGACGAUAUAAUAAUUGUCGUGAUGGUGGUCACCAUAAAAGGGAGAACAAUAUGGGUUAUCAAGGCAAUCCUUCAAGGAGCAACUGUCAUCGUUGUGGUUUGAAAGGUCACUGGAAAAAUGAAUGUCGGGCGCCUGAACAUUUUGCCAGGCUUUAUCAAAAUUCCUUCAAAAGAAAGGCAAAUAGAGAUGGUGCCUCUUCUACUAAUGCCCCGGUGGAGUCACACAUGACUUUAAAGAAUGAUGAUGAGAUAGGGCCUUCACGAAAAUAUGAUGAUAAUGUUGAAGCUACUUUGGCUUUGAAAGAUGAUGAUUUUGAUGGACUUGAUGAUAUUACUCAUUUGGAAGUUGACUUCUUUGGAGAUCAAAAUUGA